GUUAGCUUGAUUAGUGCAACUUCAAGCUAGCGUCAACAAAACUAAACGAAAACCAGUCUGGAACCUAAAAGUAUCGACAUACAUGUAUACAAAGGUAAUGACAGGGAUAACAAAUAUUAACAAUCUGAACAACACUGAAUAUAAAUAUAUUGGACAUAUACAUGUAUAUGUAUAUAAACAUACUGUGGUACGUGAAACUGCACCCACCUCUCCGACGGAAGUCAUGGCAGGAGAAAGUGAGGGGGUGCAGCCAACAUUUAUCCCCAAUACAGAAAAAAAAACAAAGAAGAAGAAAUAAAGAAGAGGGGCUCCAGUUCUGUGCUAUCAGGUAUUACAUAAAUAACUAGAUUUAAGAUAAUAUUAUUAUACAGUUCUAAGAUCAGACUUUGUGUAAUUAUAACAAUAUAACCCGGUUACAAUAGCAAGCCUACUAAGUAGUAGUAGUAGUAAUAGUAAUAAUAUUAUAGCCUACUUGCCUAAAACGCCUCCCCUCUCAAAUAAUCCGACUUUACCUGCUACGUUUUUUGAUGGCUCAACAACGUGUCACAACGUCCAAAACUGUCUGAUGCCCAAGAGAGGAAGAAAAGAACAGAAGAGAAGGAAAAACUCAACAAAGACAGAGAUAAUGUCACGAUGUGCUGCUGAGGUCCCACCGUUGCGAAUCCUCCUGUCGCCUCCACGUCAGCAGCACAACCUAGCAGUGAUGCAGCAGCAUCAAGAAGCUGGCAGAAACUUGCACGUGGGUUGCUUUGAGAAUCUCACUCUUCCUGUUACAGUGGCUGCUGCUGAAAGAAACUUCUCUAAGCUCAAACUGAUCAAAACUUACUAAUAUGAUCUACUUUGAUGCAAGAACAUCUCAGUGGCCAUUAUAAGCAUAAACCAUGUGGUCUCAAAGCAGUUGUCAUAUGACGCUGUUGUAGAUGACUUUGCUGCAAGAAAACCUGGAGUGUAAAACUGUAGCAGGUUAUGUGAGUUUGAGGAGGUAAAAGUGUAGUUUUUAAGUUAGGCAGUACCAAAAACACCACUCGACGUCUUUAUAAGAAAUUUUUAUUAUUAUUUAAAUCUUCGUAUUUUUUGUGCCUAAUCAUUUCUUUAAUAUUUUAUUUUGCACAGUGCCGCAUUUAUAUUGGAUUUUUUAGUUGAUGUCACUUGGUAACACUUUUUAUUUUAGGAGUAUUAAUAGGUACUUUAUGUAAGCUAUUAUAUUGUAUUUCAUAUGUUCAGUUAACUUUUUUGUAUUAGUUUCUUUAAUUCUUUAGUAUUUAGUAAGUAUCUUGAAUGCGCAAUUGCUUAGUUAAAUAAAAGAAUGUCCAAGACAAAACCAAUACGUUUCUUAUCAGUAUAUACACUGGCAGUGAAAUUUACUGCGAUGCAACAGGGCGCCACCUGAAAUCUCGCCUAUAGGGUGCCAAACCGGGCCGUGCCUGUUUAUUCUUAUGUACGUAGUUUAUUGGUGUUUGAAUAUUUUUUUUUUACUUGAAAUUAGCUCAAACUCAGACUGCGAAGCUACUGACUGUAAAAUAACUUGAUGCUGUAUAUGUGUAUACAUAUGCAUUUAUACAUAUAUUACAUGUCAGACCUGAUAAUACUUUCAGCUAUUUUCAAUCCUUCCUUCUAUACUAUUAUGUGAAAGAUAAUAUAAGAUAACAUAAGAAAAAAAAACUUUAAUAGUCACUAUUAAUGUCAUGUCACUGGUUAAACCGUUAUCAUUCAGGUAAGAGGGUGUGAGGGGUGUAGGGUACGGUAGGUGGCGGUAGUGGAACUUUAAGGAUCCAAGUCGCAGUUAAACACGAAAGAAGAAGAACACCACCGAAGAACAUGAAGAUGAGUCGGGACUGCGUGAGAUCUGGUGUCUUUGUUCCGCCAUCUUAGAGGCUGCAGUCAGAGCAGAAAGCCGCUAACAUAUAGCGACCAAAAUGGAUCAGUACGAACUCAAAUGAAAAAAGAGGACGCGGAUGUUUUUCAAGACCAGUGCAAGAGCGAUAUGGAGCUUCAGCACCCGAGUCUAACCGAGCAGCACCGGUCCACUAGCGAAAUAAAGGAGGAGGAACAGGAUCCGAGUUUAACCGAACAGGACCCGAGUUUAGCCGAGCAACACCGCUCCACUAGCGGAGUAAAGGAGGAGAAACAUGAUCCGUGUUUAACCGAACAGGACCCGAGUUUAGCCGAACAACACCGGUCCACUAGCGGAAUAAAGGAGGAGCAGCAGGACCAGAGUUCAGCCGAGCAGCACCGGUCCACUAGCGGAAUAAAGGAGGAGGAACAGAACCCGAGUUUAACCAAACAGGACCGGCCAACUAACCGAAUAAAGGAGGAUGAACAGGACCCAAAUAUAAAUGAGCAGGACUUGAGUUUAACCGAGGAAGACCGGUCCAUUAGUGGAAUAAAGGAGGAGCAGCAGGACCGGUCCAUUAGCGGAGCUGAGGAGGAGCAGCAGGACCGUGACCACGCUGGUCCCACAGAUCAACAGGAACACAGAGGCAGAAGAGCUUCAAAGCUGUGUCGUUGUCAGAAGUGUAACCAGACCUUCACCAAACCAUCAGAGCUAAAAAAACAUAAAAAAGUUCACUCUGAAAAGAAAACAUACAGCUGUGACCAGCGUGGCAAAACCACCUCUGCGAAAAGUAACUUAAAGACCCAUAAUCAAAUUUAUACUGGAGAAAGCCCAUACACAUGCACUGCAUGUGGAGCAGAUUUCCACGGGUCAAAGAAUUUAAAAAUUCACUAUUGUGUUCACACUGGAGAGAAACCUCACUCAUGUGAACAGUGUGGAAAAGCAUUCUCUCGCCUCAGUAGCUUUCUGACACACCAACGUGUUCACACUGGAGAGAAGCCUUACUCAUGUGAACACUGUGGAAAAUCUUUCUCUCACAGCAGUACUUUAGUGAGACACCAGCGUGUUCACACUGGAGAAAAACCUUACUCAUGUGAACACUGUGGAAAGCCGUUCUCUUGUCUCAGUUAUUUAUGGGCACACCAGCAAAUUCACACUGAAGAGAAACCUCACUCAUGUGAACAGUGUGGAAAAGCAUUCUCUCGCCUCAGUAGCUUUCUGACACACCAACGUGUUCACACUGGAGAGAAACCUCAUUCAUGUGACCAGUGUGGAAAAGUGUUCUCUCAGCUCAGUAACUUACUGGCACACCAACGGAUUCACACUGGAGAGAAACCUCAUUCCUGUGAACAGUGUGGGAAAGCGUUCUCUUAUCGCAGUAGUUUACUGGCACACCAACGUGUUCACAAUGGAGAGAAACCUUAUACUUGUGAACAGUGUGGAAAAGCAUUCUCUUGUCUCGAUUAUUUACGGGCACACAAGCGUCUCCACACUGGAGAGAAACCUCAUUCAUGUAAACAGUGUGGGAAAGCUUUCUCUCAACGCAGUAGUUUACUGGCACAUCACCAUGCUCACACCGGAGUGAAAUCUCAUUCAUGUGAACAGUGUGGAAAAGUGUUUUCUUUUCUCAGUAAUUUAACGGCACACAAACGGAUUCACACUGGAGAGAAACCUUAUCCAUGUGAACAAUGUGGGAAAGCGUUCACUUGUCGCAGUCAUUUACGAAGACACAAAUGUGUCCACACUGAAAAGAGCCCUCACUCAUGUGAACAGUGUGGAAAAGCGUUCUCUUGUCUCAAUUAUUUACGGGCACACCAAUGGGUUCACACUGGAGUGAAAUCUCACUCAUGUGAACUGUGUGGGAAAGCUUACUAUCAACGCAGUAGUUUACUGGCACAUCUCCGCCUUCACACCGGAGUGAGAUCUCAUUCAUGUGAACAGUGUGGAAAAGUGUUCUCUUGUCUCAGUACCUUACUGACACACCAACGGAUUCACACUGGAGAAAAGCCUUACUCAUGUGAACACUGUGGAAAAGCUUUUUCUCGCAGCAGUAGUUUGCUGAGACACCAAAGUGUUCACACUGGAGAGAAGCCUUACUCAUGUGAACACUGUGGCAAAGCUUUCUCUCGCAGCAAUAUUUUAAAGGCACACCAACGUGUUCACACUGGGGAGAAACCGUAUUCAUGUGAACACUGUGGCAAAGCUUUCUCUCGCAGCAGUAGUUUAUGGGCACACCACCGUGUUCACACUAGAGAGAAACCCCGGUAAUGUGAAAACUGGAAGAGCAUUCUCUAUCAGUAGUUCUUUGCUGCUACAGCAACAUGUUCACACUGGAGAGAAACCUCACUGGCGUGAAAAGUGUGGAAAAGUGUUUUCUUGCCUCAGUUUUCUCACUGGCCAAAGACCCAAUUUAUGUGAAAGCUGUGGAAAAAUAUUUUCUUAUCCAUCCAACUUGGUAAAGCACCAACUAAUUUAUCUGUCAAAUUAGGACAUGUUCAUCCAUCAUAUGAAUGUUCCAGAACGUCUAAAAAUUGGAUUUUGCAUAAGCGGUCUUCUUUAAAUGAUUUCAGUUGUUUCACUGUUUGUUGCUUUACAACGUUCCACUUUGUAGAAACCUGUGGCAAAUACAUUGGAACCAUCAAAGAACACCAAUUUGUUCAGUAGACAGAAUACUUUAAUUUGGUGUAACAAUGGUUAAUAUGCACCAAAGACUCAUUGAGUUACAAGAUGUCCUGUUUAAUUUCAAAGGAACGAAACAAAGAAACAAACAGCAAAAUUCUAUGGUGGAAAAGAUAAGUGUCCACUCUGUGUUGUGGAAUAAUACAUGUCUUAAAGCUAAAAAAAGUGAUAUGUUCUUCUGUUAAUUCUGUUUAAUGCGUGCAUGUCGAAUAGUUACGCACACCAAAUAUAUGUUUCACCCACUUUUUUAUAUCACUUUUUGAAUUAGUUCUUAGUUUUCUCUCUGCUCGCUUUCUUUUAGACAUCUUACUUUUUAAUUUUCUUGAUUUUUGUAACUACCUUUUAACAUCAUCUGUAAGCAAACUUAGUUUUUUCAAAAUAAAGUCAUGCCAAACUAC